AUGGAUUGUGAGCAGGAGCUCCGACCUGCAUACAAUAUUUCUCCAAGUAAGAAGUGCAACUCGACGGAUCCUAUGGUAUAUAAACAAUUUCUAGAGGAAAAAUCCAGACAAAACGCUCUGAAACGUCGCCAAGAGGAGCUCGAGAACAGGUCGGCCAAAGCGCAGAGAGAGCAAGGAUGGUCCAAGUAUGUGAAUGGUGAAAAUAAGGGGACAGCGCGCAAGGCUAACUCAUCAAUGUCUAACGCAAAUAACCCUCCUGCGCGACGGAGGUCAAGUCUAUUUCCAAAUCAGCAAAAUACGCAGUGCACAUCUUUACCAUUAUUUCCAGGAGCUCCCAUCAUGCCACGGUCUGGGCCACCACCCAUUAGUGAUUCACAGCAACACCCUAUUAGUAAGUCUAUUGCCCAGGGUGGUCAGCAACGACGAGAGGGCGCUCGUGAAUCGUGGGGGUGUCUUAACUAUAAUGAGUCUCUUAAACCUAGUGAUGCCGGUCCUUAUCCAACCAAUCCGUACUUAAAUCAGAGACAAGAUUCCAUGGAAUACAUGGACAGCCUCCAACCAGGCGUACCAUUGAUUCACCAAAGCCGCUCGGAUACUUUCUUAGAUGGGAAGACACAGGAAAUCGUGUUCAGUGGCACUGGAACCAUGUUUGAAGAAACACUUUUCUCAUACGAUUUUGAGGCCACAGGAGCAGGACUUGCAGACCCAGCUGUUGAGAUACGCCUUACUGAACCUCUAGCAAAUCAAAAUUGCAAGUAUACUGGAGAGGAACAUGAGGCUGAUUUGAAGGAGGAGAUACAUGAGAGCGAAAGGUUUUCUGCUCUAGAAAACACAGGGAAGUUUACGCACGAAGAAAGCACUUCUUUGUUUGGGUCAUUGCUAAACACGCAAGAAGAACCAGACUCAAAUGCAAGCAUGAGCAUUCCAGAUAGCCUAAUGAUACUCGUCGAAAAAAUGGAUCAACUUCCCCCUAGCUGCUUCCAACCCCACGAGAACCUAGCAGCUACUGAUAACCAGCCUCCUCCACUUGGCCGUGACGAGCUAAGAGGCGAUUCUCGAAAUGGCACUCGGCCACGCUCGUCGUUCCAAGAACUAAGACAGCAAGCACAUGAUCUCAAGACAGCGUUUACUAAGCUGAGCACCAAUGAUCCUAGCGCUAUUGCAGACUACGUUCUUAGUAUGCCCCAAGAGUUCCAGAUAAAACUGAUGCAUCUCAUCAGGAAGGGAAUGAGUGGUGACCAGCAGUCUUUGGGCGAGCUUCAUGUCUCCUUUCAGCAAACGUCACUGAUGUCCGAGAUGGGUGACUCCCUUGUGACACCCAUGUCGUUUUGUGAUAAGUCCUUGGCCUCUACGCCAACUCGUGAAGUAAGACGCGUUAAAGAAGUAGUUACAUCAUCACCUCAAAUAACCUCUACCCCUCUGUUAGCUCAUCGCGCCAAUCUUCCUGCUUUUGACGGUGAUCUUAGCUUUAACCAAUAUAGGUCUCCUUCUCCAAAGCAGCCAUUUCAGCCUACACCAACUCCUGCGUUCUCCAAAUCAUUGAGAGGUACUACCUUCGACAGUCCAGACUCUCCAGAAGAGAAGCCCAUUACAUCAGUUAAUCAGCACACAUUGCAACGCGCAACUCUGCGACGUGCCAGCCUAUCUCCAGUUGACGCCAAUGCUCCUGCUGUGGACAUCCAUAUACCAGCGGCGCCAUCGGACGAAGUGGCCGUGCAGGACUGUGGAGGUAAUAUUCAAGAAUAUUUCGACCAAUAUGCACAGAGACACAGCCAAGUACCAUCUACCGACUAUUAUAGAAGUAUCUCUGACUGUUCCAUCCAAGAUGAUACUGGCUCCAGUGAUGAUGCCGAAUCUAAAAGUCCUCUGGAUGACAUCAAUAGAAUCCUCCGAAUUGAAGAGGCUCUCAGAGAUUCUUCUGCAAACAGGCGCUUUUCUGCAAAGCCCCUUCUUACUGCUUCAUCAAAGAGUUUUGCUGUACCGGAGGGAAAGCCCCCCGUUGUGCUUGAGAGUCCUCUACUUGUUGCUGAGUCCCAAAGACCAAGCAGACCGCAUAGCCAUUACACGCCCCGCUCCAGCAAUACAAUGCGGGUCUCCUAUGGUCCUCACUACUUGGAAAAGGUGCAAAACGUGGAGCAUCACUUGCCUAUCCUGCUCCUUAAGUUUACGUCGACACACCCUAACUUCACUGCCAACCUCCGCGCCACCAUGCUUCCAAAUAUACUGCAAGACGGGAACACAAUUAUAUACACAGCAGAGUAUUUAAGUCUAAGCCGCGGAGUCUGGAAGACACGACAGCGACAGGGCGACAUGUGUGUCGUAGACGCCAUUCCAUCACAGAAAGACCCUAUUUAUGUAUACCUAAGCUGCCUGUACUUGCCAGGAACCCCAAAAUACUCUGUUGCCCAAGAGACCAGGAGAACACGGGAUCCGACCCUAAUUAUGCACCAGUUCACCGCCAGUGUUUAUGCAUUCUAUCUUUCUGCUGCUGAGAACUAUUGCAAAAAGAGUUUACAUGGUCACUCUUACGAAAAAACGAUUGCAGAUCUGCGCAAGCUCUUUCCCAGUGGACACCGUGCUAAUGUAGGAAAUUCUCCCACUCUCCGAAAGGUUGUUUUAGACAUAUCCUCGUUAAUAGCCAAGGACCAAGAUUUCCGAGUUGCAACUUGCAUUGAGACACAUCGGUGUAUAAAUGGCCUUCCAGCAACAACAUUAGGCUCAGCCACAGAUGUACUGAUAGAUCCUGCACCGAUUCCCUUCACACCUGCCUCGAAGCUCUCGCCACGAGGCCCAUCUCAGCACCAGCGGGUGCGGAUUGAUGGAAGCUCAAUAACCCUAUCCAAUAAAGCAGAUAGGGCAGUACUCUAUGACAAGAUAACGAUAAAUAUUCUUUCUAAUCACGGAGACAUAGGAUUCGUGGGACUUGUAGCCCUCCAAUUCUACGACUCGGAAGGGGUAGAGAUCUCUCCGUUCUAUGAUGCCAUUUCUGGGCCGGACUCUGCCACUGUCGCGGCCUACAUCAGUACAGACCCGAAAAAGAGCUCCAUAAUACCGCCUGGAUCAAUAUAUAAUUUGCUCAACUUUGAAUGCAGAACCACCGACCCAGAUAAGAUGUGGGUAGUUCGUCGCAACUUGGCAAAGCAGAUUGUCAUUACUGUUAGUAUACCAGUAACCCGACGUGUUUCUGCGGUGCGCUUCUGGAACUAUAACAAAAGUCCGACAACAACAGACCAGGGUGUUCGCCGUGUUAUAAUUAAGCUGAACGCAGCAACAGUAGCAGACACAGAAAUCAAGAAGGCCACUGGAACGCUCUCUGGGUGCUGCUCAUGCGCUACCCUAAUUGUAUUGGGGCAUCAAAGUAGAGACUACGUAGAAAAAGUCCUCACUAGAGACAGAUAUAGAGAGAUUAUUGAAGAGGAGAACCAGGAACGUGAACGGUUAGCAAAGCUCGGAGAGGUUCCAAAAAUAGAUUUCUCCACAGCUGCAUAUAACCAACGAGGAGCUAGGCAAUCGUCACACUGUAAGUUUGGUCCUCUUUCUACAAGCACCCUGUCUCUCAUGGUUACUUCCAUGUACGGAGACUACUCUAAGACAGUAACACUGGGCAACAUAGCCCUAAUAGAUCAUACUAACACCGUUUUACUGCCACGAAAGGUCCAGGUCCACGGUUCAGAUGCAACCCACGUUGUCAGAGGACACUGCAUGGGCAGAACAGAGAGAGUUGCAGUACUUACACCAGAGUUUAACCUCGAGCAGAGCUGUUUCAUAGGGACCGCUACAAAGAACAUCGCCUCCUAUGAUGAGUGUGCAAACGGACAGGAGCGAGUUGUAGCAGAUGCUGUGAGCGAACCACUAUGGGUCUGUUCGGUCGAAAAACAUAAUCACGAAGGAGGUACAGAUGUAGUACCGCACGUGCAGGACAUCCUUGCUAGCAGCUGUGGCGCAGGAAUAACUGUCUGGUUCAAGGCAGCAGGAACUGUGGCAGAGGACGGCCUGAUAAUGUCCUCCAACAGUCCUGCCACUGCCUCAAGAGUUUCUGAUAAGGCAGAUGAAUCCGGAGAGGCCGAGGAACCGGUGCGAUACAUUAAAAAUGUUAUACUCAUUAAUACGGCCGGAAAUCAAUCCUCUAAUAUACGGUACGUUCUUCUUUUUGUCAACGGGACGUUGUGGACGCCGUUUCCAGGCGUGUUCGUGCGUCCUAAUUGUUACUCUAACUACUUUGCUACUCUCACGUCAUCCCUCAAGAACAUUAUCAAUAAAAUUUCAAUCAUUGUAAAAGCACAACGCCAGCGCAAGGAAGUAGAAGAUAUAAUGGAGGUAUCUGUUGACAGAAAGGAGCAGCAGAGCAGAGGCAUGGGCAGUAGCAGCGGCACGUCAACAGACGAUGUCUUCGAAAAGCUCUAUAAAGACGUGAGCGAAAAGGAAAUACUCAAUACUCCUGCGUUUGUAGAACCACAAAUGGCCACGUUCAUAAGGAUUAUGCACUCAAACGUUCUGUUUGGCCAAUGGAUAAGUAUGGGACUGAAUCAGCCCCGAGGAGCCAUGGAGAUUACUAAAGAGCUAGGCUUGCAGAGCGAUUAUGACGCCCUCUUCAAUUCGAUCCAUAACGAGCUGAUAAAACGCGUAGAGAGAAUCCAGGAACUUCAAGCGGGUACGGGCUAUGGUGUAGGAAAGCGAUUGGAGCAGGAUCUAUCUGACAAUAUCACAUGCAAUCAGAACCAGGUAGUGUAUGUCUCACAGCACCUGUUACAUGGCGGGCAACACCUGUCGUACAUGUCUCUGAACUCUCCAAGGGGAUACUGCUUAACCAUCAACAUUCUAUCGCGGCAUCCAGCCCAAAAAAGAUCAAAAUCAGCGUCUUCUAGGCAAUACUCUGAUGGCAGUUUUCAUAGUGUAUUUAGUAUUGGCCUCAACUCCAUCAAAAUAUACGAUGGAGUACACAACCCCAUCAACUUUAACACCACCGGGUGCGGAGUUUACUCCACGGCGCUAUCCCAGACUUUAGCAUACGACCUACAGGCAUACAGGAACGUCAGUAGCAGCAUAGUGGUAUCAGAUGCAGAGAGCCCGGCAAGCAAUCUUCUCAAGGGCCUCCCAUGGGAGGUCACCUACAGGCUAUCUCUUAAUAGCUCUGCGACUUCUGAAAUUGGAGAUGAGGUCAAGGAGGCUAUGCGCAGGAUAGGGAUAUUUCGAUCAGAUGGGAUCUUGAUGGGUAUCCACUUCAUAUCCUCCAGUCCCAUGGACAUCAGUGCCAUUAUAUUCUGUAACAAUAAGAUUGCAGAAGUAAGCAUUGCUAUGGAUACUCGCGUAAUUUUUGAAGGGUGCCUGACAAAUACCACGGACCCCCAAGUCAUCGCUUUCUGCAAGAACCAGCAGCAAUACAAGUCACUUGCUUCCGUAGGCAUCAAUGAUAAACAAAUGGUAUGA